AUGGCGGCGGCGGCAGUCGGGCGGGACACUUUACCUGAGCACUGGUCCUACGGCGUGUGCCAGGACGGCCGCGUCUUCUUCAUCAACGACCAGCUCCGCUGCACAACCUGGCUACACCCGCGCACCGGGGAGCCAGUCAAUUCUGGCCACAUGAUCCGCUCAGAUCUGCCUCGCGGCUGGGAAGAGGGCUUCACUGAGGAGGGCGCCAGCUACUUCAUCGACCAUAACCAGCAGACCACAGUGUUUAGACAUCCUGUGACCGGGCAGUUUUCGCCAGAAAAUAGUGAAUUCAUUCUUCAAGAAGAGCCAAAUCCACAUAUGUCGAAGCAAGAGAGAAACCAAAGACCAUCCAGCAUGGUCAGUGAAACGUCCACAGCUGGGACCACUUCCACCUUAGAGGCCAGGCCUGGACCCAAGAUAAUAAAGUCCAGCAAUAAAGUCCACAGCUUUGGGAAGAGGGACCAGGCCAUUCGGAGGAACCCCAAUGUUCCAGUGGUCGUAAGGGGCUGGCUGCACAAGCAGGAUAGCUCUGGGAUGAGGCUGUGGAAGAGGAGGUGGUUUGUACUUGCUGAUUACUGCUUGUUUUACUAUAAAGACAGCCGAGAAGAAGCGGUCCUUGGGAGCAUUCCUCUGCCCAGCUACGUGGUCUCACCUGUGGCCCCUGAGGAUCGCAUAAGUCGCAAGUAUUCCUUUAAGCCUGGCAACACCAAGGCGUUACCAGGAAACCUAGGUGCAAGGGAUGUGGAGAAGGUGGAGCGGCAAGCCGUCCCCCAGGCCAACCACACAGAGUCCUGUCGCGAGUGUGGCCACAUGGGACCCGGACACACAAGGGAUUGCCCUCAUCAUGGUCAUGAUGAGUCCUUUGGCUUUGAGAGGAGGGAGCAAGAGGAAGAGCGAUGUCGUUCCCAGAGGGACCCACUAGAGGGCAAGCGGGACAGGAGCAAGGCUAGGUCCCCCUAUUCACCAACUGAGGAGGAUGCCUUGUUUGUGGAUUUACCUGGUGGCUCGAGAGGCCAGCAGGCACAGCCCCAACGCGCAGAGAAGAAUGGCAUGCUGCCCACUUCAUAUGGUCCAGGAGAGCAGAAUGGGACUGGCGCGUACCCGCGGGUCUUUCCUUCCAGGACUAACCCUGAAAAGCACAACCAGAAGAAGAGCAGCCUGUCCCAGGUGGAGCACUGGGUGAAGGCCCAGAAGGGGGAUGGCCGGAGCCUUCCCUCGGACCAGACACUUCCUCGCCAGGGCCCUAGCCAACCGCUGUCCUUCCCAGAAAACUACCAGACUCUUCCCAAAAGCACCCGACACCCCUCGGGGAGCUCCUCCCCACCACCCCGCAACCUGCCGAGUGACUACAAGUACGCGCAGGACCGAGCCAGCCAUCUGAAGAUGUCCAGUGAGGAGCGCCGUGCACACCGGGAUGGCACUGUGUGGCAGCUGUAUGAGUGGCAGCAGCGUCAGCAGUUCCGGCACGGAAGCCCCACGGCGCCCAUCUGUGCAGGCUCCCCGGAGUUUACUGACCAGGGCCGGAGCAGAAGCAUGCUAGAGGUGCCCCGCUCCAUCUCUGUGCCUCCGUCUCCCUCUGACAUCCCUCCCCCUGGGCCCCCGAGAGCCUUUCCACCCCGGCGGCCACACACGCCAGCUGAGAGGGUUACUGUGAAGCCAGCUGACCAGAGGAGGAGCAUGGACAUCUCAUUGGGGGGUUCUCCCAGGAAGACGCGGGACCACGCCAUCAAGAACUCCUCUCACGUGGACCGGCGCUCCAUGCCCUCCAUGGGUUACAUGACCCACACAGUCAGCGCUCCCAGCUUACAUGGAAAAUCGGCUGAUGAUACCUACCUCCAGCUGAAGAAAGACCUGGAGUACCUGGACCUAAAGAUGACAGGCCGGGACCUUCUCAAGGAUCGAAGUCUGAAGCCAGUGAAGAUUGCAGAGAGUGACAUUGACGUCAAGCUAAGCAUCUUUUGCGAACAAGACAGGAUCCUCCAGGACUUGGAAGACAAGAUACGAGCCCUCAAGGAGAACAAAGACCAACUAGAGUCUGUGCUGGAGGUCUUGCACAGACAGAUGGAGCAGUACAGAGACCAACCCCAACACUUGGAGAAGAUUACCUACCAGCAGAGAUUGCUGCAGGAGGACCUUGUGCACAUCCGUGCAGAGAUCUCCAGAGAGUCCACUGAGAUGGAAAACGCCUGGAAUGAAUACCUGAAGUUGGAGAGUGAUGUGGAGCAGCUAAGGCAGACCCUCCAGGAGCAGCACAGAAGAGCAUUUUUUUUCCAGGAGAAAUCACAGAUACAGAAGGAUCUGUGGAGGAUUGAAGAUGUCAUUGCAGGCCUGAGUGCAAACAAAGACAACUUCAGAAUCCUGGUGGAAUCAGUCAAAAAUCCGGAGAGAAAAACAGUGCCUUUAUUUCCUCACCCGGCUGUGCCUUCACUCUCAACUUCUGAGAGCAAGUCGUCCCUGCAGCCCAGCCCUCCAACCAGUCCUGUGCGGACUCCUCUGGAGGUUCGGCUCUUCCCUCAGCUGCAAACCUACGUGCCAUACCGACCUCAUCUACCCCAACUGAGGAAAGUGACGUCCCCUCUUCAGUCACCAACCAAGACGAAGCCCAAAGUUGAAGACGAGGCACCUCCCAGACCUCCUCUCCCAGAACUCUACAGCCCAGAGGACCAGCCCCCAGCUGUGCCUCCUCUGCCUAGGGAGGCUACUAUCAUCCGGCACACUUCUGUGAGGGGCCUCAAGAGACAGUCAGAUGAAAGAAAGCGAGAUCGGGAGUUGGGCCAGUGUGUGAACGGGGACUCGAGGGUAGAACUCCGGUCAUACGUUAGUGAGCCUGAGCUGGCAACCCUCAGUGGGGACAAGACUCAGCCCUCCCUUGGACUUGUGGGCCCUGAGAGCAGGUACCAGACACUGCCAGGUAGAGGGCUCUCAGGAUCCACGUCCAGGCUCCAGCAAUCAUCCAGCAUUGCUCCUUAUGUCACACUCCGGAGGGGUCUACAUAAUGAAAGUGUCAAGAUGACCUUCCCUAGACCCAAGAGUGCCUUGGAGCGCCUAUACUCAGGGGACCACCAGCGGGGCAAGAUGAGUGCAGAGGAGCAGCUUGAGCGCAUGAAGAGGCACCAGAAGGCCCUGGUCCGGGAGCGCAAAAAGACGCUCAGCCAAGGAGAGAGGACGGGCCUCCCUUCGUCCCGCUACCUCAGCCAACCUCUCCCUGGAGAUCUCGGCUCAGUAUGUUAG